UAACUCCCCACUCCUCCCCCCUCCUCCUCCCUGUUCUCCGCUAGUGUUAUCCAUUCCUCUCCGGGCAUCUCUCUCUCUCUCACGCGCACAGGCACCGGCACGAGUAUUUAUUGAUUUAAUUUUUAUACAGGAUCUUCCCAGUCUCUCGAAUUGAUGUUGUCUGGAAAUGGAUUAUGAGGAAGUAUCUCGUCGUCAGGAACAAACUUACCAACCGGAUCCAUCCGGAACUCGUCUCAUUCGCGUUGAAGCGGGAGAGGAGCACCACCACGACAAGAAGCCAGUGUUGAAGAAGGUGAAGGACAAGGUGAAGAAGAUUAAGGACACUUUAAACAUAAAGAAGCACGGCCAUGAUGACGAGCAUGACCAAGACGACGAUCAUGACACCAGUGAGGAAGAAAAAGAAGAAGGUUACGAAGAGGAUGAGGAAGAGAAUACACAGGACCCUGAGGUCCAUGACGUUCCAAUGUAUCACACUCCGGCGGCUCAAGAGUUUAUUGCUGGCGAAGAGAGCAAAGAGCCACCGCUGAAGGCCAAUUUGGGAAGCAUAAACCCAACGUUUCAAGAGGACCCUGCUGCUCCAAAGACCGAAACACUCGGCGAGAGUGACCAGAACCGUGCUACCCAACCCCCACCAACCACAGGUGGCGAAGAGAUUGAGACGUCGCCGGUGAUCCAGUCCUUCGAAGCUAUGGCCAUCUCCGACCAGCCCCACGUCCGGAAAGAAGAAGUGGUCAAAGAAUCCACUCCCCCGACCGGGACCCACGACCAGUUCUCCCCAGCGGCGGCGCCAGCCGCAGAAGAAGACAGGCCCCAAAGCACCGAAGAACCCAAGGAGCCUAGCUACACCGAGAAGCUCUCCACCACCGCGGCCGCCGCCAAGUCCGCCGCCGUGUCGGCGGCGGCGGGGUCCACGGAGUACGGGAAGAAGAUCGCGUCGACCGUCUACGAGAAGAUGGCGGAGGCCGGGACGGCCGUGAAGGCAAAGGUGCAGCAGAAGCCAAGGGGGACCACUGGAAUGGAUGGCGGUGAUGCGACGGCGACGCAGGAUAAGGGUAAGGUGGUGUCGGUGAGAGAGUACCUGGUGGAGAAGCUGAGGCCCGGGGAGGAGGACAAGGCACUGAGCGAGGUGAUAUCGGAGGCGUUCCAGUAGAGGAAGGAGGCGGCGGCUGAAGCACCGCAGGUGACAGGAUCCGGCGCGAGGGGCGGGGGUGUGCGGGUGGUGGAGAAGAUUCGCGGGGCGGUUACGUCUUUGGUCGGGGGUGGUGGGAGUUCUCGUGCUUCGCCGGUGAGGGAGAGUACGCAAACAAAAGGGGAAGAGGAGCAGAGAGAAACUCGUCAGGAUCCGAAAGGUCAAAAGCAGGAAGAGCAGUAUCUCAAGUAAGACCUUCGUAGAGUUGCUGCAUGUCACAUUAUUUGGAGUGUGGUAGACUAUUGGAGUGGUUCCUAAUGACAAUUCUUGUUUUGUUAAUUUAGUAGGCCUUGUGCAUGUAUUAUAUGUUCGACAAAUAUGUUCUAUGCUUGUGUUUGUGUGUACAUGUAAAUAUGACUAAGGGAACAGUAAUGUGUCCUAUGUUGUAGGAAGAAAGCAAAGGAGAAAUAAUAGUAGUAAUUAGAUUGAUCUAUAUUAAUAUAAGCUGCUCAUGAUCCUU